UGACUGUCAAGUUCGUCACAAGGUCACUAUCCAUUGUCUGUUGGGAUUAUGUGGCGGGGUUAUGAGUUUGGCGGCGCGGCGGCUUAAUUUCCUGUCAGCGCGUAGUUUUAGUCCUGGUUACUAUUCUACUACGUUUUCAACUUCUCAAAAGACGUGGUUGACAAAAUUGAACUCAGAAUACAAUAGUCUCGUCAAAAUUGUGUCUAAUGAAUUAAUACUCAAACAGGAUUUUGUUACAGAGAAGGAAGAGUCAAGUUUGAUAAGUGAACUUGAUUCUGUACUUUGCAAACGAAAGUACCAAACGAAGCACUGGGAUUAUGCUAUUAAGAAUUUUCGUGAGUUGGAACGCAAAAGUUGGCAUUCAACGACCAACCAGCUUGUUAUCAAUCGAUUGAAAGCAUCAACUACUGUAAGCAAUGGUUUAACGGCAUCAACAACGGCUGUGGAAGCAGAUGUUGCAAAUAUUGACCAAUUAGUACUUCCAUUAAUUCACGUUUUGGAUUUAGCUGAAAAUGGGGAGAUAAUGGCGCAUGUGGAUAGCGUUAAAUUCUGUGGGGAGUCAAUCGCUGUGCUAAGUUUAUUAUCUGAUUCAAUUUUACGUUUAGCUGUCGCUCCACAAAGUGAAGUAGUGGGUGUUCCGCAAGAUCAGUAUGAUUAUUUAAAUUCACUAAACUUACCACCGAUUGGUUCAUGGAUAGAUAUAUUUAUACCUAGACGAUCCGUGUAUAUUAUGCGUGGUGCACUACGCUACUUAUUAACACAUGCUAUUUUGUCUAAUGAACAAGUCGAUAAAAUGCGAAAUGAACAGUCGAUUGAUUUAUAUAAUUUACACCGUGGACGACGUGUAUCGGUUAUUUGCCGUACACAUUCAGUCUGUAAUCUUAUUCCUUAUUAUGAUAUGUUGAAGCGUCAUCGAAUGAUGUAAAUACUUAAUUUUAUGCGGUAAAGUUAACUGUAUAUAUGCACGUACAUGUGUACUUAAUUGUACUGUAAUUGUUAUUUUGAACAAUAUAAUUAUUCUCACUAA